AUGGCGCGCUCGUUCGCGCGCGCGUGCCUGCUGGGCAGCAUCCUCGUCUCGCUCUCACCCGCAGCGCAUGCGUUCUAUCUCCCCGGAGCCGCACCGCAUGACUAUGCCGAGGGAGAGGUCGUGGACCUGUAUGUCAACGCCCUGACUCCCAUGCUGGCGGGCCAUGAUAACGCGAAACUCAAGUCAUUGAUCAACUAUGACUACUAUGACACCCGGUUCCACUUCUGCGAGCCAGAAGGCGGUCCACACAAGGAACCCGAAUCACUGGGGUCUAUCUUGUUCGGAGACAGGAUAUUCAACUCGCCGUAUGACAUACGUAUGCUCGAGGACAACGGUACAUGCAAAGUCAUGUGUAGGACAAAAGUCCCCGCAGACGAUGCAAAGUUCAUCAACGACCGGAUUAAGGAGGACUACGCGCUCAACUGGCUAGUUGAUGGCCUACCUGCUGCAGAAGCGAAGGUAGACCUCAAAACAGGAGACCUCUUCUAUGACAUGGGAUUCAACUUGGGCGAUGACGAAGGCGAGCGGGCAGAUGCACCAGCCCUGAACAACCAUUACGAGAUAGUCCUGAAGUACCAUACUCCGAAGCCAGGUGUACAUCGCAUCGUGGGCGUCCUUGUAUGGCCUGCUAGUAUUGGCGGCCCUCAAGAUACGCAAGGCGACUGCACGCCGAAUCAGAACUCGCCGCUCAUCUUACGAGAGAAUGGAGACAAUGCGGUUCGGUAUACGUACCGUUUAACAUGGAAGGAAUCCGACACCCCUUGGGCAACCCGAUGGGACAAUUAUCUCCAUAUUUUCGACCCACGCAUACAUUGGUUCAGUUUGAUAAACUCCAUUGUGAUAGUCGUGUUCCUUUGCUUGAUGGUCGGAAUGAUCCUGUACAGGACUGUCUCCCGCGACAUCUCUCGAUACAAUGCUAUUGAUCUCAGCGAAGAUGUACAGGAAGACUGGGGCUGGAAGCUGGUGCACGGCGAGGUGUUCCGAAGGCCACGCAAUCCGAUGAUCCUGUCCGUACUGGUCGGCAAUGGUGCCCAACUCUGCGCCAUGGUCGGAGUUACGCUCGUUUUUGCUCUGUUGGGGUUCCUAUCACCAUCUAACCGAGGUUCUCUGGCGACUGUUAUGAUGGUGUGUUGGACGUUGUUUGGCUGCAUUGGCGGUUACAUAUCAAGUAGAGUGUAUACUUCACUAGGUGGAGAGAACAAGAGCAAGAAUUCGUUCCUGACCGCCACAGUUCUUCCCGCUGUGGUAUUUGCAAUUGUCUUCCUCCUCAACUUGUUCCUCAUCUCCGCCGGCUCUUCUGGCGCUGUGCCAUUUGGUACCAUGCUGCUCAUCGUCGUGCUGUGGUUUGGUAUCUCCGCCCCUCUGUCGUUGGUUGGUUCUUUCAUCGGGUCGAGACACGGAGCUGUCCGUCAUCCAGUUAGAGUGAAUCAGAUCCCACGUCAGAUCCCUCAAGUUCCGAGGUACUUGCAACCCUGGGCCGCUACAUUGUUGGCCGGCAUCCUUCCUUUUGGUGCUGCGUUUGUUGAGCUGUACUUCGUGAUGUCGAGCCUGUUCGCAUCGCGGGCAUACUACGCCUUUGGCUUCUUAGCCCUGACCGCUGGGAUCGUGUCGCUGACAACAGCUACUGUCACCAUUCUCUUCACAUACUUCCUCCUUUGUGCUGAGGAGUACCGAUGGCACUGGCGUGCGUUCCUCACGGGAGGCGGCAGCGCCUUCUGGCUGCUGGCAUAUGGCAUAUUCUACUGGGCUUCUCGUCUGUCCUUGGACUCGUUCUCGAGUGUCAUGUUGUAUAUGGGCUAUCUUCUCCUAUUAGUGCUUCUCGACUUCCUCGUCACAGGAACAAUCGGAUUCCUGGCGACGUAUUGGGCAGUACGGAAGCUCUACAGCGCAAUCCGUAUAGACUGA